CAAAAACCCCAACAGAACAAGAUAUCAGAGUGCAGUUAAAUACGGAACCAGCCUCCUUCCCUUCUUCCAUAGUCCGUCCAUCCCUGUUUUUCUUUUUCUUUUUCUUUUUGUGCUUCCAGAAACACUCUCUCUUUCUUUCUCUCAAACCAAACACAUUGUUAUAUACAUCAACAAACCCUCUUCUUCCAUUGCUCACACACAAUCUUUUCAUUUCUCUCUCUCUCUCUCUCUCCUUUUCUUUUUACUGGGUGUUUUGGUUGUGAGAACAAAUCAGGAAUCACUCUAACGCACGUACGUUUUAGGAGAAAUCAUGGCAGCAGAGCAACUACAAGUGCUUAAUGCACUUGAUGUGGCCAAAACACAAUGGUACCAUUUCACGGCAAUAGUAAUUGCUGGAAUGGGAUUUUUCACUGAUGCAUAUGAUCUUUUCUGCAUCUCUUUAGUUACGAAACUAUUAGGCAGAAUUUAUUACUAUGAGGAAGGCUCUGCUGAUCCUGGAGCUUUACCAUCACAUGUAUCAGCUGCUGUUAAUGGUGUUGCUUUCUGUGGAACACUUGCAGGCCAGCUUUUCUUUGGCUGGCUCGGUGAUAAAAUGGGGAGAAAACGUGUAUAUGGAAUGACUUUGAUGCUUAUGAUUAUUUGUUCUAUUGCAUCUGGUCUUUCUUUUAGUAAAAGUCCUACUGCUGUUAUGUCUACCCUUUGCUUUUUCCGGUUCUGGCUCGGUUUUGGCAUUGGUGGUGACUACCCGCUUUCUGCUACAAUUAUGUCCGAGUAUGCCAAUAAAAGGACUCGUGGAGCUUUUAUUGCUGCGGUUUUUGCAAUGCAAGGUUUUGGUAUAUUGGCUGGUGGUAUGGUUGCGAUCGUAGUAUCUGCGGCAUUUAAGACCAAAUAUCAUGUCCCAAGUUACGAAAUUGAUCCCCUUGGUUCUACUGUUCCUCAAACUGAUUAUGUUUGGAGACUUAUCUUGAUGUUCGGUGCACUCCCAGCUGCACUUACUUAUUACUGGCGUAUGAAGAUGCCUGAAACUGCACGUUACACUGCAUUAGUUGCUAAGAAUGCGAAACAAGCUGCUUCUGAUAUGUCAAAAGUGCUUCAGGUUGAUUUCGAAGCAGAACAAGAGAAGGUUGAGCAGAUAAGAGGAAAUGAUUAUGGCCUGUUCAGUAAAGAGUUUUUUGCACGACACGGACUUCACUUGCUUGGAACCACAAGCACUUGGUUCUUAUUGGACAUUGCAUUCUACAGUCAGAAUCUAUUUCAGAAGGAUAUUUUCACUGCUAUUGGAUGGAUUCCUAAGGCUAAAACGAUGAAUGCACUUGAAGAAGUCUAUAAAAUUGGUAGAGCACAAACUCUUAUUGCUCUUUGCAGCACAGUUCCAGGGUAUUGGUUCACUGUUGCAUUAAUUGACAAAAUAGGAAGGUUUGCAAUUCAACUGAUGGGAUUCUUCUUCAUGACAGUAUUUAUGUUUGCUUUAGCCAUACCUUACCAUCAUUGGACUCUACCACACAACCAUAUCGGAUUCGUAAUCAUGUAUUCAUUAACCUUUUUCUUCGCCAAUUUCGGUCCAAAUGCCACCACAUUUGUCGUCCCUGCAGAGAUUUUCCCAGCAAGAUUAAGGUCAACUUGCCAUGGUAUAUCAGCUGCAUCAGGCAAAGCAGGGGCAAUGGUGGGCGCAUUCGGAUUCUUGUACGCAGCUGACGGUAUUGGAGUUAGGAAUACACUUAUAAUCCUUGGUGGAAUUAACUUCUUGGGAAUGUUAUUUACAUUAUUGGUACCUGAAUCAAAGGGAAAGUCACUUGAAGAGAUGUCUGGUGAAGCUGAGGAAGGAAAUGAAAUCAAAGAGUCUAGGCAUAAUGUUGCAGUUUAAAAGGAGGCCAUCUUUUUCAUGUGAUUUUUUAGCAUAAUAUGGAAGAAAUUAUCAAAGUCAGGUAAGGUAAAACUAUGGCUACGCAUGUAGGACCUUGUGAUGAUUUACAGCCUAAGAUGUACUAAUCUCUUAGGAUGAUGCUCUCUCUUGGUAGCUUUUAACUACUUUGGUCUUUGUCAUCCAUUGAUAGUAUGUUCUCAAGUUUCUCAAGUUGCAAGAAGCAGAAAAAGUAACAAGUUUAGCUUUAUGAUCCUCAUGGUACUUUUCUCAUAGAUUGUUUCUGUCAAUCAGUGUUUGGAAAACAUUUCACUUUUUCUUUCUUCUUUUCUCAAAGUAUUUUGUUAAUUGAGCUCUAAUUUAGUCUGGAGAUGAUUCCGAUACCAUUGAACCAAAGCUCAUCAAUCAAUUCAGGGCCUUUCACUUUAGCGAUUACAGAAUCCAAAUUCCUGUACUUGUCCAGGGAUAUCUCUGUGGGCUACUUCGUUAGGUAGGAAGAAAGUAUGAGCUUCCUCUUCUGUUUGCCUCUUUCGUUGAUUGAUUCGAUGCAUCUUUCUCUGGAUGUCUCAAUGGGUUCAAGUUUGAUUUUUUGAAGUGUGAAAUUGUCAGAAGGAACCAUUUGCUAAAUCCUGUAAUGCAUUCUGUUGCAAGCAACCAUGUCUGCCUGCUAUAUAGAAUUGAAGAAGUGAGAGAAUAUCUGUAGAAAAUUUUUCAAUGAGUUUGAAACAAGCGUCUUAUUGUUGUAGUCCCUGCACCCUACUACAUCUUUUUUGCCUUUCAGAUUGUAGCAAGAGAAACUUUUCAGAUUGUAGCAAGCAUCUUUAUGAGCUCAUAUGUACAUAAUUUGUCAAUUUUCCUUACA